AUGAGAAGAGCAAUAACAAAAAGAAAGGUUUUUCUAAUCCUUAUCGACGAUAUUUACAUCAUCGACACCAUGCCGUUUCUUGCGCGGAGCGCAUCUCUUGUCGUUUUUGGCCCUAAGGCUUUCUUACCCUUCUCUCUCCCUCUCUCUCUUUAUUUUUGCGCGUGUGUCCGAUAUCACUACUUUCUUCGUCGGUUUUUGUUUUGUUUUUGCGGCUCUUUGUUGGUUUCACACCGUGUGCUUUGUCGAGGGAAGAAAAUGGAUCCACUGGAGGUUUCGCAGCCACGGCCGCCGCCGCCAGAAGAACAGCAACUUAUUUCAUUUUUACUGCAUGCCCCCGUUCAUCAUGCCACGUUCUUUUCCUUGACGCUGGUCGAGGAGUUGCUGCGACACGCCCGCAGGGUGGAUCAGGAGGUUAGUUUUUUGUCCCUGCCUUUACCACGGUCUCGUGAAAGCACGCGGGUGUUAUCACGAAUCGUGCAGGAGAAUCGAUACGAGGAGUAUUGGCCCAAUGAGCACCCGGCAUUGGACGAGGCACGUCAAAGUGCCCCAUCUGCCUCGUACCUUCUUCGCAUUGGCGUUCUCCGCGCACUUGGGUUUAACACAACAGGAGUGGAUGACUUUGUCGACGACGUUUCUCUUGCGCUGGGGAGACGCAUUGUGUCAGCCGCGCCAUUACCUGAGGACACCGCAUCCGUGCCCCUCCGCUACCGGGAGGCGGCGCAGGAGGAGCUGCGGCAUGUGGCGCUGGGUGAAUGGUGUGAGGAUCUCAUUCACUUUACGGCCUAUCGAGGGUUCUCGGCGGAACAGGUGCGGUGUGUGUUGCUCACAGCGAUGCAUCUCAUGAAUGUCGUGGCGGAUCUUUCCCCUGACGCCACAGACGUGGAAGCGGAGAAACGGUGCACGCAGUUGUUGGAAGAACUGCUUAUUGAGCAGGCCUGUGGGCUGCCAAGGAAAGUUGUGGAAACGCAUAAGUCGUGGCGCACGGUGACGUCGGAAAUACCCGACCCGGAGUUUGUGGCCGAAAUGGAGACAGCAAUUUCGCAGGAGAAGAACAAGAAGCGAAGGGCAGCACUAAAAGAAAAACUAGAAAAUGCCCCAAGGAUUAAUUAUACACGACAGGAACUACAAAAGGAGAGAUUUUUGACGGAGAUCGUGGUGGGUCCUUACUUUACGCUCCAAGAGGUAGCGCAGAUACUCGAUUAUUUUUCCUCUUCAGUCGUUCGGCAUUGGAGGCUGUUCCGCGCCUUUUUAGCGGAACCACAGCCCGUCGAGACACACGAUGAGGUGCAGGUGCAGUGGGAUAUACACAGCUUUUGUGUGCCGCCGCUUGAGGAAUUUGUGCGGGACGACAUGUAUGAAAUAGAGCAGGAGCGACGUGACCUCAUGAGCGCGUGCGAGGAUGCGAUUGAGAGCGCCUUUGAAGAGGAGUUCAUACAGCCUCUCUUGGCGUUACAGCGAGAGAAGGAUGAGUUGCUGGAGUGCUUAAAAGAAAGGGAGCGCCAGGCGGAGGAGGACAACAUAAGAAACGCACUGGAUGGCCCUGGCUACAUGCAAGUGACCCGCGGCUUUAUACUCCGCUUGAACAAAUGCAUCGAGCGGAACGAGAGGGUGGGAAAGCUUGAGUUGAAUGAGAAGCCGCCAGACUCAACACCGCCGUCACCGGAGCCAUUUUCCUCGCAAAUGAGCCCAUCUUUGUCUUUGGCAAACAAAAGUAGGAGGUCAGUUACAACACGCCAGGGCUUGGGUUUGGCUGGGGUGGCGGGAAACCACAAAUUGGCCGCUGCGGCACCACCCUCGUCGCACAGUGAGAACCCGGCCGAUGCGGUGUUUUCAUUGGAGGAGGUGGAGGCACGCCUGGAAAAACUAGAAAAUGCAAUGCGAGAGACGAGGUGGUCCUCUCACGACAGGGGCAGGAAGAAGCAGGCGGGUGGGUGA